ACUUCGUUAGAACAAAAAAAAGAAAAGCCGAUUUAUUGUUCACAAGAAAAUGACAUUCAGUCAACGAACGAAGAAACUUCACACUUAUGGUUGAAAGAAUCAGAUUGGUUAUAUGAUAAAAUUGAAUCUGACAAACUUUACGAAUGUAUGUACAACAAUGAAGAUAUAGAUAAACGUAAACAGUUGACAGAUACCAUUUGGGCUACGAUUGAAAAAGAAUUAAGAUCACUUGAAAUAAUCUUCAAUGAAUUGGAAUCACAGUAUUUAUCAUCAUCAUCAACAGCGUCGUCAUCAACAUCAACAGCAUCGUCAUCGUCAUCAACAUCAACAUCAUCGUCAUCAACAUCAACAGCAUCGUCAUCGUCAACAUCAUCUACAUCAACAUCAUCAUCAACAUCCUCGUCAUCAUCAACAUCAUCGUCAUCAACAUCAACAUCAUCGUCAUCAACAUCAACAGCAUCGUCAUCAUCAUCAACAUCAUCAUCAUCGUCAUCAUCAACAGCAUCAUCAUCAAUGUCGAUCAAAAGUACUUCUCCAAUAUUUUUACUAACAACACAGUAUUAUGCUUAUUUACAAUCGAUAAAAUAUUAUCAUAAUAAUUAUACAAGAGAAAAAACUGUCAACAAUUUUCAAUUAUUUCUAUGGUUAAAACAACAAUUGUUAAUUUCAAAGCAUUUUCACAAAUUAAUCAAUACAUGGCAAAAAGAUAAAUUAAUUAGUUUCACAAUACCUGCUUCAAUAAUUGUCAAUCCUAAAUUAUUAUUCGAUUGGAUUAUUCAUCAUACUACAUCUAUUAAUUCAAUGGAACAACACUAUCAAAUAAUAUCUACU